GUCCACUAUGAUUCCACAACAUUACCCAAACUCUCUGGAAGGAGAACAACUGUAAAAGUGGAACAGGAACAUACUAAGGACAAUUUCAAAGCACUGAAGUUACUCAUCACAUCCACAAAAGAAGCCAUAAAAGUCCUAGAGGAGCACUGUGAACAUCUUAAAGAGAGGAACCUGCAGAUAGCCAAGACCAUCAUUGAUACAGAGAGAAGCUCAUUCUCCAGAGCCAAAGAACUGCUCAUCCAGCAAGUACAAAUGGGGAGAUCAGUGGCAUUCUUUAAACAAUGGAGUGGCAGUCAGAUUAGAAAUAUCAAAGCAGAGCUGACAGAUAUACAGGAAGCAUCACAGAAACAUCUCCAUGAUUUGCAGGAGCAGUUGGAUAUAGUGACAUCAAAGGUGGUGAAGGCAAAGAAAGAGCUGCACACUCUGAAGACAUACAAAGAUAUGGAGUACCCAGUCAAGGCCUUGCAAAUUGCAGACAUGGAAAGUGAGCUGAAUAAACUGAGGGAGAAGAAGCAGGUUGAGCAGAAGGAUGUGACUUUGCUGUUUAAAAAAGAGAUGGCAAAUUUGGAGAGAUGUCAACGCCAAAGAGAGCAGGCAGUACUGUCUGCCAUUGCUGAGAAACAUGAAUCUCUCAUCCCUCCCAUUAUCAAACUGAUGGCCUCUCAUAACCACACAUUAAGGGAAGAGAUUCACAUGUACAGAAAGGAGAUAAUGGAGUUGAGACAGAAGACCAAAGAGCUAAUGAAAAGUAUUCAGGAACUGAAACUAUCAAGACCGAACUUGAGGAGAGAGAUCUUUCCAGAUGUUUUCCUGAAAUCAGAUAAGUGUAGUCCAGAUAUGGAUGUCCAUCUCAAUAUACCACAAGAGGAUUUACUCCCCAUAUAGCCCCGUGUCAAAGGCAUUACCUUUUUAAUUCCUCGCUUGAGCUGCUGUAUAUUUAAGUAAACUGAAUGGAACCACUUCAUUAAAUCAUUUAACUCUGAGCAAUUUUAUUUAUUUAUUUUAUUUUUUUCAAAUCUUCACUUUCUUUGUUUAUUUGUUUUUUAUGUUUUAUAAGCGGGACCCUCUUUAUUAAAAAAAAAGUAUAACUUUUUAAAAAACAUGACAUAUUACAAAUGACAGUAAUACAUGUGCCAUAAUUGCAUAUGCCAACUGCAUAUCAGUUUAAUGCUGUGGUAUCACAUAUUACACAAGCUAUGUUAUGCAAAAAUGACCACAUUUAUUUGGGCAAGCACGAUUAGAAUAAAAAGUGAGUUUUUCUUCCACAAAAGCCACAACAUUA